UAUUUAUUGCUUCAUAUUCUAGAAAUGGAAUGGAACAAACAGGCUUUAAGCAUCCUCAUUCAGGCGAAGAAAAGUGUAUGUACAACCCGCAGGACCCACUAUAUCAUAAUAAGAAUGCCAGGAAAGAGAAACUGGCAGUGAUAGGCAGUAAAGUUCGCGCAGUUUUGCCCAACGCAACAGAUGAGGACUGCAAAACUCGAUUCAUGUCUCUGCGGUCGCAUUUUUGUGGAGAGCUAAAAAAAAUUGGAGCCAGUGAGCAUAGUGGUGCAGGGGCAAACGAAGUUUAUGAGCCUGCUGUGUGGUGGUUCAAUGCUUUGAAGUUUUUGAAGAACUAUGUGACACCGAGGAAAACAGUGACAAAUAUCCCAAGCCGUAUGAUACCACAGUCACUCUCAUCAAAUCCAUCUAGCACGACCACUGUCAAUGACCUUUGUAAUACUGAGGUGACUACAGUUACUGAAGAGACCAUAGUAAAUGAUGGAUAUAUUGAAGAUGACAACAGCAAUUACUCUCAAGACAUAUUUACUGUGGAAUUGUCAGACGGAAGUACACCUGUGUCAACACCAUCACCUCUAAGUGAGCAGCCUUAUGCUUCAGCCAGAAAGAGGCGUAGGAAGGACACUGAGGAUGAAUUAGCCACCUCAACAUUGUCAGUCUUCUGA